AUGGGUAACACACUCUCGGCAUAUGACCCGACCUCUCACGAGGUUGACCUGGGCCCUAAAGGAAAGAUUCAGGGAAUCCAAUUCGACAACAAAUCUCGACGGUAUGCAGGCAUCCCCUACGCAUUACCUCCAACCGGCGCACACCGCUGGCGGAAGCCUCGUCCAUUGCCAGCGACGUACAGCUAUUCCCAGCAAGAUGGAACAGCAUUCGACGGAUCCAGCUUCCGCCCUGUCUGUCCCCAAGAACCGUUCGCAGGCGGGGCAGAGAAGGAUAUAGGUCCAGAUAAUUACAGCGAAGACUGUCUGCUGCUUAACAUUUGGACCCCCGUCGAAGAUCCCGAGAAUCCUGGCAAGAAAUGGCCAGUCGUGCUUUGGCUGCAUGGAGGCUGGUUCCAGUUGGGCGAACCCCUCCAAGAAGUGGGUAUGGACCCCACCGAGAUGAUCUCCACCGGGAAACUAAAUGCCAUUGUGGUUGGAAUUGGUUACCGUCUCAACAUCUUUGGUUUCUUAGCUGGUGAAGCGCUAUUGGAGGAUAGUCAUGGGGAAAGUGCUGGAAAUUUCGGUCUUUGGGACCAGCGUCUGGCUAUGGAAUGGAUUUACGAGAAUAUCCCGGCUUUUAAUGGCGACGUGAACAACAUUACCCUGGGAGGACGCAGUGCUGGUGCAUAUGGCGUGCAUGCGCAAGUGCUUCAUGAAUUUCAGGGUGAAUCACAGCGUCAGCUCUUUCACCGAUUCUAUAUGUACUCGAAUGCUAUUCCUGCACAGCCCAAGGCGCUUGCAGAUGUCAACCCUCAAUUUGAGGAGCUCUGUGACUACUUUAAUGUCCCCGGUGAUCUAUCCGGGCCUCAGAAAGUUGAUAAGCUUCGUGAGAUCAGUCAUGAGGACCUUGUCGCAGCCAUCAAGCAUCUCAAGAAUCAUACCUUCCGCCCUGUGACGGAUGGACUGUUCAUUUUCCCAGGAUUCACUGAAUACCACCGGAGCGGUGCAUUUGCUGAACAGUUUCGAAAACGAGGCCUUCGCAUCCUAAUUGGAGAAGUCCUCAAUGAGGAAACACUCUAUGCGACAUACAACAGCCCCGAACCCAACAUCGAUUCUCUGCGUUUGCAGCUAUCAAACUACUAUGCUCCUAGAACUACCGAUCGCAUCCUGAAGUCAUAUACCCUACCUUCAACUACCAAUGCAGAGGAAUGGAAAAAAGUCUAUGGAAAUAUCAUUGCAGAUGGUCAAGUUCGAGCACCUUCUCGCUGGUUGAUCAACUCUCUCUACAGCCAUGGAAUUCCCUUGCGGGAUAUCUGGCGGUACCGGGUUGCAUACAGGUUAUCCUUUAUCACGGAUAAAGUUGCGCCACGAGAUUUUGGUGUAUCUCAUGCUAUGGAUAAACCAUUCUGGAACUUUUCCAUCCUCCAUGGCCCGACGGAUGAGGAGAGAGGCCUGAUGGAAGGGUGGAUUCAAUCAUUUGUCGCAUUUGUCAAUGAUGAUUCACAGUAUGCUUUUUGUACACAUGAUAUUGAUGAGAUGAAGGUUGCUACUCCAGCAGGCAAGAUUGAGAUUCAAAAGGAUCAGAGAUGGGACGAGCUAGUCAAGCUGGGUGAGAUCUUUGCCAGUGAUGCUUAG